CUGCCAGACUGUCCGAGGCAACACAGGCGAGAAGAGCUUGAACGCCGUCGUCGUCUUCUUGCUACGGCAGAGCUGGAAGAAGAAGAAAGCCAUGACGACGGCGAGAGUAAAGACGAACAAACUUCUGGUGUUCCCUCUUUUGUCGUCUCAACAACAGAGCGCCACAUGCAAUUUACUGCAGCUUCCGAGAACAACGAGGAUCAAAAGAUCUCGCACGCACAAGCAGACAGAUUUUUCGCGCGACACGAUGUUUUCCGGACGCACAUUCAUACACACAAUUAUGUUCUCUCCCUGAUCUUCGGCGUCAUGCAUGGGAUGAUGGAAGUCGUGCGCAAUUAUUGGAUAGUGCGGGAUAUCAUCGACAAUGACCCUACAACAUAUCAUAUGUGGGCCAGUCUUCAGCAGCUCGCAAACACCCGACUGAGAGAGACGUUCGAACCUAUCUUCCGGCAUUUGCUAGAACCCUAUGCACGCUUAUGACAAAACUAAAAGAGUUCAAGGACGAAAUAUAUGGCGACUAUUUGAUUUGUCUUUGGACAUUGGUCACUGAAGUUUUUGGGCCACAUGGUCUUUGAUGAGUUCGUGUAGUGUCUACAUUCUUUCUUCCACUCUCAUGUCGUGAGGGAGCACCAUCGGCUCUCCAUACUUGGCUGCCGUCACUAUUCGCGCUGCAGCGGUUAGCAGGGCGCGUCGCUCAUCGAGUCUUUCGCGAAGCUCCUCCAAUGUCGAGGGAUACGUUCAUAUUUGGUGUGGGCGGUGAGCGCGUGAGGCUGGAGCGGCCGGAGCCUCUGACGGAGCGGAUUAUGGACGAGGCGAACACGUGGCUGCACUUGGCGACAAAGCUUGCAGAGACGGCGAGAGAUCAUCACCAGGAGACUGUAGAUGAUUUGGAGCAGAAUCUUCGUGAAAUACCUACAGAUCCAAAUCUACCUGACGAGAAAAAGUCGCCUUCUCUUUACAAUUCAGAAAAGUCUUAUGCUAGUGCCCUUGUACGGAAGAAGCUAUAUUUCAUGGGCCCUGCGCAGUUUCUGUCGAGUCGGAAGCACGGAACAAGAAGGACCACGGCGAAAUCAAUUUAUGCGCCCAGAUUUCCGGAUUGGUACCAGCGGGGACUACCUGUGUCACACCGCGUGCGACCCGGUGUCUGGUUCCACACACUAGGUGUUGAUGCUUCGCUUCUGUAUCUAGAGUCGGACUCGCUUGUGGUAGAAAUUAACGCGAAGAUGAUUCCAGACGACAAAUUAUGGCGUUCCGAUUUUAUUCAUUAUAGUGAUUUUGACUACCUCAAAAGAUCUUCAGCAGAAGUUGCUUCGCACAACAUCAAGUGUGAGAUGUUCUUGAGUUAGAACUAGGAAGCCCUUCAUCAUAUUUAGAGUGCGAACGCGCGAUAGGCUUCGAAGAAGCUCCUGCUAGCGGCUCGAGUAUUGUUUCUGGAAUGAGAUUUUCAAAAAUGACCUGUUCACGGACGUUCUAACAUAGUGCAUUACGUUUGCGGAAGGCGAGCACUUGCAGACCGUGCCUCACAGCUAUCUUGUCGGCUGGGAGUGUAGCUACGCUGUAGUAAAAGAUGCUGGUACGGGUUCUGGUAGUGUUCGCGAGCCAAAAAAUUCCAAAAAACAGGAGACACCAAUAGAAGACGCACGUCUGGACGAGGAGGAGAAUGAGUUUUUUGAGGCUGCGACAAAUGAAGAUGCAUCGACUGAUGUAUAUAGACAAAGCCAAGACCUCAAGGGGUUAGGAGCCGAAGAAAACGAUUAUGUUAUCGAACAUGAUGAUACUGAACAGCGCACAUCAGGCAACGUUGCCUCAAGCAAUCCCUGGCUGCGUUUAGGACUUCAGCGAGAGAAGUCUAGAGUACCGGACCAUUCGUUGAAUGACUUGUGGUCUGCCUCAACACUUACAGGAACAUCGUCCAGCAGAGUGACAGGAGUGGUCGAAACAUUUAUGGCACGGUCCGCGUUGGCGCACAGUAACUUUGGGGACACUUUCCAGCUCAGUUGCCCAGUGGACUUGGCAGAUUUGAAGAAGUACGGAGAUGAAGGUACAACCACGCCUGGAGGAGGUGUGUCAAACACAGGGUUCUCUUUGCGUUUGCAGUUUCAUUUGCGAGAGCAUGAAUUCUGGCAUUCACGACUCCCAGACUUGCCGCUAGUCUGGCGAAACUUGGAUGGGGGUAGGAGUCGAAGACGAGAGGAGAAAUUUCAGAGUCCAAGGAGAGGGUCUGCAGCAGGUGAGGCGCUGAGAAAUGCGAAGCGCUCAGAGCAGCAGGACAAAAGAAAGGAACGAAACGAUCAAGCCUCAAUCGAUUCCAACGUGCUUGUUGCGCAACAUACUGCAGGCAGCAACGUGGCAAAAACUUCCACCUUUCAACAAAAUGCACGUUUCAAAAAAAAGGAGCUGCAGCCAGCGAGAGAACUACCAAGUAGACCCGCAAUAGAAGAAGAUGAACAUCAAGAAGUGAAUCCAUUGCUAUUCGUUUGCACACAUCCGUUCUACCUAUUAGACCAAGGAACAGAGCACCUUUUCGAAGAAUUGUUUUUCCAGUGGAUGACUUAUAAGUUGGCGCUUGCGGAGCGCGUUUUCGUAUAUGAUCUUGAUGGUAGCCUGGAAGCUGUGUUGGGCAAGCAUUUUUCGAAGCAUCUCGAAGUGCGGUACGCCGAGGAAAGGUACUACAACUACCACGAUAUUACAGAAAGGAAAACCGACAGAGGGUGGUCGAACGAAGACGUAGAGGGAGAAAACGAACAAGGCCGUCAACAUGGAAAUAGAAGGACGCUGCUGCACGGUGAGGAGCCACGGAUUGUCUAUUUGCCCUAUUUCAAUCACCGCUUGCAAAAGCAGCUGGACCCCCACUCGUACAACGUCGCACUACACGCGCCUGCCCUCGAACAUUGCCUAUGGCAAGCACGAGCUGCUGACGCAGUGUUCGCGGUAGAUGCUCACGGAUUAGAUACCUAUUUGUCGACGGCCAGUGGCACAGCAGCGGACGUGCGCGCCACUUUGAACCUGUUCGAACGUCGCCGUCCGCUGCAGCACCAGGACACUGCCGCCGUCUUAUGGGCGAUAUCCAUGCCGUUUGGCGACCGUCCUGACAACCAAGCGGAACUCCGGAAGCUAGACGAAAAAUUUAAAGACUAUAUUGUCGCCGACGAUGCGGUGCCUAAGAUGACCCGCCACCGUGAGACGGGGACAUGGACAUCUAGCGUAUUGCGAGCGGCCUUUGAGGAGGAAGCGGACGAUGAUCUCAAACAAGAAACAAAUGACGAGACUAGCACAUCGAUACUCCAGCCAACGACUAGUAGAUCACCUUGUGUGCGUAGUGGGAAGUCUCGACUGGUGGUAGACCGUUUCGUACAUCGACAGGACGUGAACAUAACCUAUCAGUACACAGAUGCGGCUGCAGAGGACAAGGAACACGUAAAGGAUUUGGGUCAACAUCGAAACCUUUAUCGAAAUUGGCUACACCAUGCGGGAAGUGCGGUGAUGCGUCCAAAGCUCAUCACGUCAGUGCAGGGAAGUCAUUGGCCGCGUGUAAAAAUAGGUCAUGGAGCGUAUGUGCAGAUGCCGGUGGAAUUAUGAGAAAAAGUUCUUUCAGGUACUGCAAAUAUAUUUUUGUGGGGUAAAUAUGCGUCUAUGAUUAUUGUGGGGUUUGCGCUGCCGUUGACGGGUCUCUCAUCCGCGCAAAUGGCGCGAUCCCUUAAAUGCCUCACCUCUCGGAAUAGCGGGGUCCCGUGUGUGCCUCGCGCCACGGGAUGGCGCUCUCCUUUAAGUUCUCGCACCCGGGCAUGUCGUACUUCCUGAGGUGUCGUGCGCCGCAGGAUGGUGCUCUCCCUUAAGUGCCUCGUACCCCGGCAUGUCGUACUUCCUAAAGUGCCUCGCGCCGCAGGAUGGUGCUCUCCCUUAAGUGCCUCGCGCCGCGGGAUGGCGGUUAUCCUUAAAUGCUUCGCUCAAGUACUUCGCGCCAAAAAAUGUGUAGUGACUGCUUCACUUAGGCGCAGCGGCCCUUCACUAGUGAUUGCCGUUUUACAGUCGCUGCGUCUUUUAAGUGGUGGCUGCUGCACUUAUACGCGGCGUCGUUCAAAAGCUGACGUGGACGUCUGUGCUGAAGCGCGGCGUCGUUUAAGUGGUGACUGCUGCACUUAUGCGCGGCGGCGUUUAAAUGCCUCGCUUACGUAGUGACUUCAUCACGUAUGCGCGGCUUCGUUUAAGUAGUGACUGCACCACUUAAGCGAGUCGUCGCUUAAAUAGUGACUCCAUCACAUAAGCGAUGCUUCGCUUGCGUAGUGACUGCUGCACUUAAGCGCGGCGUCGCCUAAGGAAUUGCACUUGAAAGCUUGAGUUCGUUUCUUUACUGAUGCCCGCUGCACGAAUUUCAAUGCCUAGUAGGUGGCCGGUCUAAUAGGAAAACUGCGGAUGCACCACUACGUAGACAUCUUCGGGCCACGGUGCGUUGGCUGUACAGACCACGACGCCGCCUUACAAAGCAGGGGAGGGAAGGUCGACAUUGACGACGAUUUUUGGCGGGAGAUUCGCGUUCGGAAAAAAUUGCAAGUCAAGAAGCUCGGACAGCGGACUCUUGCAAGAGAACAAUUUGUUCAAAGGCAGGAGCAAUGACUUGGAGCCGUAUUACCGUUUAUGAUCCCUCACUCCUCAAACACUUGAUACGAAUUUUAGACAUCCGACUUGCUUCAAACACUCGAUACUCUGGAUUAGCUUCUUCGUUAUAUAUGUUUUAGGGCUGCACGGUCCCCCCCCGUGUGGCUGGCCCUGUGGUGGCGCUCGCGCGCUCUUUUCCGCGCUGAUUUUCGCGGAUUCCAGUGGUGGAAGGCGUCAAAACGGGGCGCGGGCGUCCCCUUGCGCCUCUCUGCAUGUUCCUCAGGGGCCUCCUGGCCUCUGCUGACCCUCGCAGGCCGGAGGCCUCCGGGGUAAAAGGCCGCCGAAGGCGUCCACGGUCUCAAGAGCAAGCAAGCCGAUGACCAAGGGCCCGGAGGGUACAGGCCACACGGCUCAGGGGGUCCAGCCCCUCGCCCUUUGCCGCCUUCGGAGGCCUUCCACACCCGGCGCACUGCCGCGGCGGCGAAGCAUCGAGGAGGCAUGUAGGACAUAGGCAGGCAGCUGGAAGGGGGCGGCGGCGGUCCCUUGGGCCCCUUUUGAAGCCUUCCACCUACGUUGGAGGCCUGUAGGGUACAGGCAGGCAGCUGGAAGGGAGCGGAGGAGGCCCCUUGGGCCCCUUUUGAGGCCUUCCACCCCCGGCCGACGCCUUCAAAAGCCCGGACCCCUGGAUCAUAUAUACAUCUGCAUCCUGGAGAUGCAUCAUCCUGCCAUGAGAUUACAUUCUUCAAACAGUUGAUACUAGGGGUGCUUCAAAUGCUGCUCAGUCAGAGGUUACGUUCUUCAAACAAUCGAUACCCUAGAUUCAUCAAACGCUUGACCUGAGAUUACAUUCUUCAAACAACUGAUAUUCUCCGUAGACUUCACUUGUCAAACGCUUGAGACUAGAGACUGCAUUCUUCAGACGCUUGACUGUCUGCUGCGCACAUAAAUUUCGUGAGAACUACUCGGCUUUCGAUACUGC